AUGUCCCUACCCCUACCCAGUUACCCGGAUUAUUCCCGGCUAAUUGUUAUGUCAACGGUCUAUAGCAGCCUCCAACCAACUCAGUUAACUCCGGCAGUAAACCUAAGCCGACGAAUGGGUUGUGAGCUCUUCUUCAAACGUGAGGAUCAGCAGCUAGGUUUCAGCUCACACAUGCGUGGCAUCUAUAAUCGGUUAAACCAGAUCUUGCUUGAAGAUCGAUGGAGAGGUGUUGUUGUCUCUGAUAUAGGGCAUUAUGGCAGAGCAACUGCCUGGUCAUCACAGCUACUCAAAAUGCAGGCAGUAGUCAUCGCUUCGACCUGCAUGUCAGAUAACGAAGCCCAUGAACUGCGCAAGAUGGGAUGUGCUGUGCUGCAAACUCUAUCUCCGGCUUCAAUGAGCCCUGUGUCUUCAGCAUUCAAAAAUAAGGCUCCAUACAUAAAUCCAUUGAAUGACCCGUACGUUCUUGCCGGGAUUGGAACAGCAGGCCUCGAAAUUUUGCAGCAGAUCAAGGAUACCCCAAGCCUUGAUUCGAUUUUCUGCAGUGCUAGUGCUGGGGGUGUCCUGGAAGGUAUUGGCCUGUCGGUUAAGCAAUUUGCGCCGCAUGUGAAGGUUAUUGGUGUGAAUUUACUAUCGACAAAACAAACAUCACAAGCGGUAUUGCCUCAGCAUGCUGAGCCGGAGGGUUUCGAGUUGGUAAACAGCUUGAUGAUGAUGCCAGAAUGCCCAGAGCUUCGCCGCGAUAGCGAGAUGAAGACAGAAGCGGAUCGCAUUCACCCCACGGUUGUGGAUGAAGUGAUCGUCGUGGAACCUGAGGAUGUGCUGACAGCAAUCAAAGAUGUAUUUCUCGAGACCCGUGUGAUUAUGGAUUUGAAUGGAGCGUUGGCAGUGGCUGGGAUGAAGCGACAUGCAUUAGACGUAGGGUCGCAACGGAAAAGGAGGUCAUUGGUGGCCGUUAUAUCAAGCGCAAAUAUCACUUUUGAACAGUUGCACACACUAGAUAGAGAUAAAGUGGUCAAGUUAUAG